AUGGACCUGUGUGUAACCGUCAAAGGCGUCUCCUUCCUCUUGCAGACAGGUAUGGGCAUCUUGGGGAACACCGUGGUCCUGCUGGCCUAUGCCCACAUCAUCUUUACGAAGUCCAAGAUGCUUCCUGUGGACAUGAUCCUGUGCCACCUUGCCUUUGCCAACCUCGUGCUCCUGCUGACCCGCGGCGUCCCCCAGACCAUGACGGUGUUCGGCCGCACUAACCUGCUCAACAACCCAGGCUGCAAGGUGGUCAUUUUCAGCUAUCGCAUGAGCCGGGCAUUGUCCGUGUGCCUCACCUGCAUGCUCAGUGUGUUCCAGGCAGGGACUGUCGUCCCCGCUGGGCCACGCUUAUUAAAAUUGAAGUCUGCACUCCACUCCCUGGUCUUCCCCACCUUUGCCGGACUCUGGUUACUCAACUCGGCCAUAUACUUUCAAACUUUUUUUCAUGCUAUAGCUCCACGCAAUGGCACUAUCCCCGCCUUUACGCUCAACCUGGGCUUCUGUCAUUUGGACUUCAAAAAUAACUUGAACUAUGUCAUAAAAGGGGUUUUGGCUUCCGGAAGGGAUUUUUUCUUCGUGGCCCUGAUGGUGGCCUCCAGCGGGUACAUCCUGCUGCUACUCCACCGCCACAGCCGGCAGGUGAGAGCAAUCCAUCGCUCCCGAGGCGUUGGCUCUGAGACCCGAGCAGUCAAGACGGUGGUUACCCUGGUGGUCCUGUACGUCUUUUUCUUUGGGAUCGAUAAUGUGAUCUGGAUCUACAUGCUGACCGAAGCCAAGGUGUCUCCAGUGGUGACUGACAUGAAGGUGUUCUUCUCCUCCUGCUUUGCUUUCCUCAGCCCGUACUUUAUCAUCUCUUCAAACAGAAAGGUGAAGGCCAAAGUUUUGUGUGCGGCCGAGCAAGACCGACCACCGUCAAUGGACACUCAGGAGUCACGUGAUAAAGGACUGUCUCUUUCCUGA